CACAUAUCUUGCCAUAUAAACAACUCUGUGGCAUCAUCAUACAAGGUUUGUCUACGAAACUAUCGAGGUUCUUCAAACCAUCAUCAAACAUGGCGCGCUUUUUCAUGGUAUGCGUGUGCGUGGUGUUGUUUGCCGUGUGCUUCCGACCCUCCUACGAAAACCGAAGAAGACGAGUGUGUUUGAACCCGUACGGCGAUCCAAGAUGUCUACGAAAGAAUCAAAUUUGUUGUAAUUUUGCGUGUAACUCGACGUGCGUCGGGAAACGCUGCAACUGGGACUUUCAAUGUAGCACGAAUCGCAUUGGACACAAAUGCUGCUCCGGAUACUGCCAGCCGAGUUGUGAAGGUCAUAGUUGUAGAUCAGCCAGAUCUUGCAAAGACAGGUCAUUAAAAUGUUGUAAUGGGUUAUGCCGCAAAGAAUCUUGUCUCGGUGCUGCUUGUAGCAACAGCUUGAGCCCGUAUAAAUCGUGUGGGAUACACGGAAGAAGACGACUCGAUUGUUGCAGUGGAAAAUGUGAGCUCACUUGCAAAGACAAACCCUGCUACGAUAACAAGGACUGCGGUGGACGAAGUAACAAGAGAAUGAAAUGCUGCAAUGGCGUUUGUAGGAAAAACUGUCUUGGUUCGCCCUGCUACGAUUAUCGCGACUGUCAGUCAAACUAUUUGGAUUGCUGUGGUUUCUUUGGUAACAAAAUCUGUGCGAGUUCUUGCCGCAAUCACCAAUGCUCUCUGCAAGAGAAAUACGAAUGUGGCAGACGAAGGAACCCAAAGCUCUUCUGUUGUGGUGACGGGACUUGUCGCCCGACAUGUUUCAACUCAAUAUGCUUCACAGAGACGUUCAGGUACGAUUGCAAAGCGCCAGGAAAACUUUUCUACUGCUGUGGCAUGGGACAGAAGAGGUGCCGCAGCAGCUGUAGUCAUGUACGCUGCGAGAAACACGACGAUUGUGGCGAGUCGAAGUACUAUUGUGGACGACCAGAUAGGCAUAACAUCUCCACAUGUAGAUUCACGUAUUUAUCAGACAUAAUCUCCCGUCAUGAUGUGCGUUUAGAUGAACUGGAAUUUAACUAAACACGGACCUGCUUUCCUCCCAUGACCGAUCGUUAUUAAUAGUGGAGAGUGAGACCAGAGAGAAACUCUCAAAACUCUACCUAUCUAACUUUUUAUAAGUUCCAUGUUUUUCACAUCCAGUCAACUCUCAAAACUCUAUCUAUCUAACUUUUUAUAAGUUCCAUGUUUUUCACAUCCAGUCAACUGUCAAACUCUACCUAUAUCUAACUUUUUAUAAGUUCCAUGUUUUUCACAUCCAGCCAGAUAAUGUACAGAAACGUUUUCCUCCAAUGGGCCGUCAUAUUUUACAGCAAAAGAUGAAUAGUAUAAUAUGAACAGCAAACAGGGUAAAAUAUAUAAGCAAUGAAUUCUUUCAACAGACGUGCUAUAAUCACACUAGUUUAUGCCCAUUGCGAAUUAAGUAGGUUUAAUUUUAGAAUGAUUGUAUAAGUUGGAAUAAGUUACAAUGUCCAAAAAGGUUUCCACCUACCUCGCUCUUCUUCUUGGCCCAAACUGGUCAACCAGCAUCUUUUCUUGGCCACACCCUCGAAUUAUUAAUAAUAAUCGGUCCCUAUGGAUAAAUAUAUACAUAACCAAUAUUUAACGUUACAAUGAACUUGAGUCGUGUAGAAGCUGGUAUCAGCUAUAUUGGCUAUCAGCCUUAUAUAACAAGCAAAUAGAUCAGCCAUAUUACCAAUAGGACGAGCGAAUUUUUAUAAUAAAUAAUGUCAGAUUUUGACUAAUUUCUCAUUACAGAUUCUGAACUGAACUUUUGAACUGAACUUUAUUACUUCACUACACUUGACCAGCAUAAGACGAUAGCAUGGUAUUUUAUCAGCCUAUGAACCUGCAGUGUAAACACUCUACAACUGAUUUUCAGCUACAAUUGUCACCUAUCUUUACGCGUCUGAUGGCCCACAGCAUUAGACCACCGCUAUGGAGCAUUAUAAAA